AUCAAAAGGAAAAAAAAAGAUAAAAAAAAGAAGGCGAUGGUAGUGAAAAUUCCCGACUUCCGCGCGGGUCGUGAGCGCCGUCAUCUGACUCGCUCCCAGAUCUCUUCCAUUUUCGUUCCCCUUUUUUAACAGAGUGUCGCUGCCUCGUCACACCACCUUGUUCUGCUGUCAGUACCCGUUGUUUGAGUUCCGUUUGAUCUGGGCACCGCCUUUCUCCGUUCCGUUGCCUCGCUCCCUCCUCCGGAUAUAAGUGUCAUUGUGAAGCGAUCUUCUCUCUCUCUCAUUCUUUUUCGUUCUCCUCGAUCUUCGUCCACACCCAUUAUUAUCACCACCUCUCUAUCUAUCUCUCCUUCUUUCUCUCUCUCUCUCUCUCUCACACACCCAUCGCCCAUGACCUCUGCCAGCACACACGGGGAUGAAUGAGGUCACCCUCGAGGUCGCUGCAGGCUUGAACUCGACGCUGACGCAGGUGGCCGCGGCCCUCGGGUGGGUGCUGGCGUGCGUGACCUCGGCGCUGCUGGACGAGGAAGGGCAGGUGUCUCCCAGGUCGCUGCAGCAGGUCAGAGAGACUGCUGUCACUGGCUGGACUGAUUUGAUUUGGUGGCUUGGCUUUACUCCCCUCCAAAGCCAUGUUUUUAAAGCAUUUGCCAUCAUCCUGGUUGUCAAUUUUGUUCUGAUUACAGUCUUCUGGUAUGUGUAUGCCCAGCGGAUCUCUCACACACUCUCUUACAACAGCCUACGCAUAGUUGAGGACAUCCUGAAGAGGAACACAAACUUCAAAAUCAACAAAGAUAAUCCUGCCCGCCCUUAAUAUUUAACUCAAGGAAGGAACCAUGGAUGCUUUAAAGAAAUUUUUUGAAAAGAAGAAAGCUGAUACAAAAUUCAAGCUUGCAGGCAAAGGGCACAGUUUGACCAAGGAGGAGAGUGAUCGCUCCAGGGAACCAAAACAGAAUUACCCGCAGCAGAGGCAUGUUCCAACACAGGAUGCCCAGCGAGCUGGUGCUGCAGCUCUGGCUCGGAUGGAGACUCAGUCUAAGCGAGUUGAUGUCAACUGGUCCCUCCAAGCCAUAAAGGCCCAAGCCAGACGAGAGCUGGAAGCCGAGCAGAAGGCCUUAGAACAGCUGAGCCUUGAGAACCAGGCAGCACCACCUGGGCCCAAGGAGGUCAGCCUGGAAGCAGCACCUAUGCUUGCUGUACAAGGAGUCUUCUUCCACUGUCCUUUACUUGGGCCAGAAGUUGCAACUUAUGAGGAAAUCAAAAGACAAAUCCGUGAAUUUCUGUUUUCUCAGAUAGAAGAAGAUAAAGGCAUAGCAGCUUGCCUCAUUAUUCAAACUUGUAACAAAAACAAAGAAAAGGUUAAUGUGUGUAAUGAAACUUUGUGCAAGUAUAUUGAAAACAUUGUUUCCAACCCCACUGAGGAGAAGUAUAGAAAGAUCAGGAUGUCAAACAAAGCUUUUCAAGAAAGGAUUCAACCUAUCGAAGGGACUAAGGAAUUCCUUGAAGCUGCAGGAUUUGUUGUUCAGGAACUACCUUUCAAUGAAGGAACUGAUAAGUUUUGGGUGUUUCCAGAAGACAAGCUUGCAGAUCUGAGUACUUUAGAGCAGUUACGUGAUGCUCUGGUAAGUGCUGAGCCUGUACGACCUCAGUUGGACAGAAGUGCAAGAGUUCUUUUGCCAACUGAGGCUGCCUCACACACAGACUUGCCGGCAGAAUUUUUCAACCUAACAGCAGAGGAACUUAAAAAGGAAAUGCAGCAAAGAGCUACUGCUGUGGAGCGGAGUAUGAUACUCCAGACGAAAGCUAUGCGUGAUCGCCAAGAGUUGAGGGAAAUGAGGAAGUAUAGGUUUAGCUUAAUAAGGGUACGCUUCCCAGAUGGCCUUAUUCUCCAGGGGACCUUUGGGACAUAUGAGAAGUUUGGAGAAGUGAUGAGCUUUGUACGGGAACAUCUACAGAAUGAUUGGCGGCCAUUCUUUUUAAGUCUUAGCAGUGGUGGAAAGAUAACAGAAGAGGAUCAGAGCCUGGUUGAACUUCGAUUGGUACCAGCGGUAGUCUUCAAUUUUACGUGGGAUUCAAGUGUGACAGAUCCAAACUUGGACGAUAGUCUUUACCUCAAACAGGAGACCUUGAUGCUCUUACAGAAUAUGUCAUAGACUGGAGGCUUUCCAUUUUGAAUAAAGAAAUAUCCAUGGUGUCUUUUGUACAUACCAGCCAUUGGUCAGUCAGGUGUGAGUAUACAUGUAGUGUUAAAUUUGACAACUUUUUUUGUUGACAGGAAUUAACGUAAUUCAUCAUUAUAGGUCAUAUUUAAUCUGUUGUCAUUUAAAUUUGCUAUUAUUUCCAGUGUUUAAAUACAAAAAAAUACCACUAUACAUAUAUAUAUGAUGUGAUAAGGCAAUGUUUCUUGAUAUAUCUAUAUAUACAGAACAAACAACUAUCAUGCUUUGAUGUGCAAGAUAUUUGCCUGCUGGCUCAUAAAAACACGUGAUACUAGUUUCCCAAAUACUGCUGAUAAAGUAUUGUAUCAGCAGUCCGAAGUUUACCAUGUUAUUGAAUCUUCCUAAUUCUGGUAAAGGAGGUAUCACACAAGCAAGUUUUCACGCACAACCUUCAGUGUUCAUGCAAGUGUUUGUGCUCUGUAAUGUGAAAAAGGAACACAUGGUUUUUGGAGUAUUUGUUAAUAAUCUAAUACUUUACUUUAGUUUGGCAAGGUUAACUGGUAGGAAAAUCAGUGUGUUGAAUAUGAUUUGAAGCAAAUUGUAAAGAAAAUAAGGGAAAUAAAUGACAUUAAUUUGAAAUUUACUUGCAUUAGGCCCUGGCCAUAUGUGGGCAAACAUAGUUACUAUAUUGCACAUUAGGGCCUGUCUGUAUGUAGGGCAGUGCCUGUGUGAGCAAACAUCAUUACCAUAUUGCAAUCUAAGGUGGGCAAAAUUGGAAAAGCUCUGAAGUGGCUGUGCCAUGUCUUGGUUAAAUGCUCCAAAUCAAGUGCUGACCUAGACAGCUAUGGACAGAAUGAGUUUGCAUACCCCUAGCUCAUCUUUGGUGCCAUGGAUUCAUUUUUAUAUGUGGCACUGGUUUUUACCAGAUCUGAGGCUUUAGUAUUCUUGAUUAAAAGGUCAUUAGACCUCAUUCCUGCCACCCACCAAAUUCAGGUAAUACUUUUGCCCACAUUGACUUAACCCAUCAUAUGCACAGGGCUAUAGUCAUUUAUUGUUUAUCAUGCUUUGUAUUUUCUGAAUCAAAUUUAUUUGUAAGCCCAUCAUUCAUCUUUUUAAGCCAUGUCCAGACAAGAAGGCAAGACCAGUGGGCAUGCCUGAGAUGUGGUGAUAGAUGUGAGCUAAUUACUGGCUAAACAGCCUCUUGGAGUGGAAAUGGUUGUUUAGCCAGUGGUAUCCCUUCCCUGCCUGUCACUUCCGAGACAUGCAUUCAAUAAUGCCCACUCUUCUACACAUGGCCUCUUUUAAUGUAUAUGAAUAAAAGCAUAAUAAUUGGAAAGUUCCAAUAAUUAUCACUGGAGGAAUACCCCCCACCCCCCAAGGCCCAGCCACAUGAUCAAACAGCCUGGUGGGCAUUACCUAUUGCUUGGAUAUAUACUGUAUGUGGGCAAUUCAAAAUGUUCUCCAUUAGUAUCUGACCCAGUCAAUCCUGGACAGAAUCUAGACCAGGUAGCCGAUAGGUGUUUGUUUAGGAUAAGCUUACGUAAAUGAUACAAUUUCACGAUUUUCUAUUUAUGUAAAGUGAACUACCAAAUUACACUCCCUAGGCCCUCAAUGAAAUGUAGCGUAAGAAAAGCCAGACUUCUCCAGAAGUAUUCCACAAUCUAUGGAUGGUAGAUAAAGCUUCAUUUUCUUGGAAUCUCUGUUCCUGGAUAGCCUAUUUCACUGAAUUAUUAUUGAUAGUUGCAUUAUGGUGAUGAAUACUGUAGGCUUUUUAAAAUAGGAUCAUGUGAAUGGCCUUUACUUGGGUUUACUUGAUUCCCGUGAAAAAUAAAUCAAACCAUCAGUCCACUUUCAAAACUGACAAGGGCAUAUACUUUUGAAAUGUAAUACCAAACAAAUUUGCUUUCUUGUGUGAUAACCUCGUGUCCAACUAUAGUAUCAUGAAAGAACAAUGCUACCCGCCACACAGUAAUGAUAUGCAUGUAAAAAUUUCUGGGUUUUAGCAUUUCAUAUGUGGGCAAAAUUUUGGGAAACAGCCUUUUUAUAUGUAUAUAAAUUAUUUCUGCUGAACAUUUUAUUUUUCAGUCGAGACUUUAGUCACAUACGAUUUAAAGGUAUCUUGUCUGGUGCCUUGCUAUCUGCAAUUUUGCCAAUUGAAGACUGUUUCCUAUGUAUUUUGUAAACUUGUUACAGCUAGAUGUGCAUGUAGUUUCUCAAAUCCCCAUUAAGUAGAUAUUAAAUUCCAAAUUCAAUGCAAUUUUGAGAACCACCGAAAACAGACAACCAUUUUGAAAUAAUAAAUUGGUUAUGUACAGUAUACUGCUUGUGUAGUGGAUAAUAUAUUUUAUACCAAGUCUAAUAAGGUAAUAAGACAGAGCAGCUACACUAUUGUGAAAAUGGUAUGGGAAAUUUUUAGAUAGAAAAAAAAUCCCUCGGCCUUAAAAUGCACAGUGAUGGUAACUCAUCCCUGUAGUGUCAAAUAUAUGUGCAGAAAUUGUGCUUAUUGAGGAGACAUUCCAAUUUUCUUUUCUCUUGAUCUUAAAUAAUAUUCUGUGCUACAUGAUUGGUAAUGUGCAUCAUGAAAUGAAACCUUUAGUGAAAAAAACAGUGGCAUGUAUGGGGGGCCCCUUUUGUAUUUUCUUAACAUUGUGAGGGCAUAGGCGAGAAACACUGAAGAAAAAAAUGCUUGCAGUUUGUUAUUUUGGGAAACAUUUAGCAAAGCUUAUUUUCCAUUGUAAAGCCUUAAAACAAAUUUUUUGCACUGCAAUUAAAGGAAGUAAAACAAAGUUUGUUCCCUCUGGGUUUUAUUGUACUCAACUUAGCGUAGACAUUUUCCAACUUGUUUUCAGGAAUAAUCCAUGAAGUCAGAUAAAUGUAUUCUGUAAUAA